AAGGACUUCCUAUGUAGACCAGGCUGCCCUGGAACUCCUAGAGAUCUACCUGCUUCUGCCCUCCAGGUGCUGGGACUAAAGGCAUGUGGCAUCACACCCAAGCCAAAAUAACUUUCAUUGAAUUUUUUAAAUUAAAUGUAUUUAUUUUGUUUGUUAUGUAUAUAGACAUAUAUGGCACAAUACACCAAAGUUUCUAUGCAGAGGUCAGAGGGCAAGCUCUGGAGUUGGUUCCUUCCUUCCACCAUGUGAGUUGGGGGGGGUAGGCAUCAGCUCAAGCAGAGAGGCUUUGUCAAUGUGCCUUCACCCAUUGAGCCAUAGAACCUGCCCUGAACUCUCUUUUUGAAACGUUUUGUAUUGCCAUAUAGUAAUUAUAUAUGAUAUUGGGUUUCAUUACAUUUUCAUACUUUUUUAAAAAUAUUAAAGAGCUGUGGGGUUGGAGAGGUGGCUCAGUGGGUAAAAGCUCUUGUCUUGGAAGCAUGAGGACAUGAGUUUGAAUCCCCAGAACCUGCAUUAAACCAUAUGCAUAGUAAGAAUGUCUGUAGUCCCAGCAUUCCAAUGGGAGAUGGGAGCUAGAGAUGGGAGAAUCCCCAGAAGCUCAUAGGCCAGCUAGCAUGGCAUACAUAGCAGAAAAACAACCAAGAUACCCAGUCUCAACCGAGGAGGGAAGCAGGAACUGAGGCUGUCCUCUGACCUCCACAUGUGCACCGUGGCGUGUAUGCACCCACACUCACAGGGGCAUUCCUACACACAAAUUCCCCAAACGUUAGAAAGUUGUGUGGGAGAAAGGACUUCUAGGGCACUUACCAGGGUCAUGUAUGUCUCAGAUUGUCAUAGCGGGGUGUGUGACGGAUCCGUGGAAAGAAGACUCAGAGGCACCUUAAGAGUGAAUCUAGUCUUUCCUGGCUGCAAGGGGGUCCUGCCUUGGCGGACUGAAGCACUUUCCUUUCACCCAGGGCAUUUUUAUUUUCUAUUUACAGUUUAGCCAGUUAAUUUUCAUAUGCUCAAAGCAACCUGAAAGAAGCUCCCAAAGAUAAAAUGCCAAGUGCAAAUUCCUUGAUUUCUCAGGUACCACGGUUUUCCCGGUUUCCUGAACCAAGUUUUGCAUAGGCCUUUGAUCCUUGGGAGACUCUCAGACAAGAUUCACAUAGGGCGAUAAGAGAAACAAAAGGUGUGGGUUAAACAAAGGGUGGAUUAGGGCUAGGUGCUGCUCUCUGGAGCCCAGGCUAGGAGUAGCUCAGCAGGAACGCCGCCACACAUACAUUUGCUAGGUAAGCACUUAGCACUGAGCUAAGAGCGGCCGGUUUCAGUCAUAAUGGCUAUUGUUCCCAUGCUUACUAGGAAAAAGCAUUUAAAAUCUGUUUUGUCAAAUCUAGUUAUGUAUAGUGGGUUAGACCCUGAGAGACAAACACAAAACUUACGGCUGAUGGGGAAAGGUAUGUGGUCCAGAGCAGAGCUAGGAAACAUUUCUUUCAUAUUGAUAUAGAUUUGGUCUUUGGAUGGAAAAAGAGAAGAGGUGUGGGUGUUGUGUUUUCGGUCCGGGCUCGAGGGAAGCUGCUCAUUUCCCUCUGCCUACGAAUCUCCUACAAGAAUUUGCAGUAUUGGAAGGAAAAUGAGAAUGGAACUGGUCCCCGACCCCACUUGAAGAACAGGCAUGAAUGGUCAGGAGUGUGGCAUUCAUGGAAGCAGAGACAGGGUGGGUUUUGAGGCAUGUGACCUUAGGUCAGAAAGCAGGCAGAUUGAUUCCUGGCCCUGGUAUUGUCCUUCAGCUCUUUCCUCUUCAAAAGUCCCUUCCUUUCCUGACAAGGACAGCCUGGGGCAAGAGAUGUUGGCUGCUGCACUUCUGAAGGCCAAGUCCCAGGAUUUGGUAACAUUUGAGGAUGUAGCUGUGUACUUCAUCUGGAAAGAGUGGAAGCGUCUGGAACCUGCACAGAGGGACCUCUACAGGGAUGUGAUGCUGGAGAACUAUGGGAAUGUGUUCUCACUGGAUGGUGAGUCCAAAACUGGAAAUGACCAAAUACUCUCUGAAGGCAUGGGGUCACAUGAGAUGAUACUGGGACGAUUGCAAACGGAUGUUUCUCAGGGUCUUAAGUUUGAAGAAGCCUAUGAACAAGAAGUCAGUCUGAAGAGACAGCUAGGGAACUCCUCUGUUGGAAGACUGAAUAGGAAAAUACAGGAGUUUCACCAAAUGACAGUUGAGGAAAAGCUCACCCACAUGGGACAAAGAAAUGAGAAGUAUAAUGAGUUUGGGAACAGUUUCACCAUGAACUCCAAACUUAUUUCACAUCAGAGAUUUCCCAUGGGAGACAGACCCCAUAAGUGUGAUGAAUGUAGCAAGAGUUUUAAUCGAACUUCAGACCUUAUUCAACAUCAGAGAAUUCACACUGGGGAAAAACCAUACGAAUGUAGUGAAUGUGGAAAGGCCUUCAGCCAGAGCGCACAUCUUAUUCAGCACCAGAGAAUCCACACUGGAGAGAAGCCCUAUGAAUGUAAGGAUUGUGGGAAGACCUUCAGUUGUAGCUCUGCUCUCAUCCUACACCAGAGAAUCCACACUGGGGAGAAACCUUAUGAAUGUAACGAAUGUGGAAAAACAUUUAGCUGGAGCUCCACUCUUACUCACCAUCAGAGAAUCCACACUGGCGAGAAGCCCUAUGCUUGCAACGAAUGUGGGAAGGCUUUCAGUAGGAGCUCCACCCUUAUUCAUCAUCAGAGAAUCCACACUGGAGAGAAACCCUAUGAAUGUAAUGAGUGUGGGAAAGCCUUCAGCCAGAGCUCACACCUCUAUCAGCACCAGAGAAUCCACACUGGAGAGAAGCCCUAUGAAUGUAUGGAAUGUGGAGGGAAGUUUACCUACAGUUCAGGCCUUAUUCAGCAUCAAAGAAUCCACACAGGGGAAAAUCCCUAUGAAUGUAGUGAAUGUGGGAAAGCCUUCAGGUAUAGCUCAGCUCUUGUUCGCCAUCAGAGGAUUCACACUGGAGAGAAGCCUUUGAAUGUAAUGGGUGUAAGCAGAAAUUCCGGAGUUUCUGCUGAAUUAAACAUCAGAGAAUCCACAUGAGAGAGCCAUAUGCCAUUUUCCUCACUCCCUGAGUCUAAAGAGCUCUUGCCUUACUUUAUAUAUAGGGCCAAUUUAGAAUGUAUCCCACCUCCAACCUUUCACUCAGAGAGUGGGGCGGAUUAGGAAAAACAUCCUGGCACAGUGAUCAGCAGGAUUUCCCAGGAAUGGAUACCAGUCUUGAAAAAUUGUGAGGCAAGUAGCAAAUUAAGCACUGGGAAAAGAAGGAAGCUUGGGGACCAGUCACCCCUUUCGGGGAAGGGGUUUGCACUAAACCAAUUUUCUCACACCAGAAGAGCCUUUCUUUCCAAGGUGGGGAUGGAAGCUUAUUAGCAACAAAAUUCCAAGGAUUCCACUAGUUGGAGUCAGUCCGGUAAGCACAACAGGCAGAGGGAAGAAUAUUCUGGGUCAUCAUAAGUUCUGGGAAGGGAAACAAGCUGUAUUUCUUUCUUUCUUUUUUGAGACAGGUCUUACUGUGUAGCCCUGGCUGUUCUUGAACUCACUGUGUAGACCAGUGAGCUACACAGAACUCUCUGGCCUUGAACUCAGAGAGACCUACAUGCUUUUGCCUCCUAAGUGCUGGGAUUAAAGGCAUAUUCAACCAUGCCAGGCCCCCAGAGGCUGCAUUUCAAAGCCAUUCUUCUAAUCCAGCUUUAAGAUUGGACAAGGAAUAUGCUGCUUUGGCAUAUGAAUCAUGGAUUCAGGAAACUUGGUGCUGAUGGGUUCAUUUUAUUGGGGGAGGGGGGACCCCAGCUAGGGUUUCUGUAGUGACUAUCCUCGGAGCUCUUGGAGCAGUGAUAACAUGUUUUCAAGAGCAGUCUGGCAAUACUGUAGGCAGACCCCACAUCCUCCCUUGUAACAGGACUGACUGGAAAUCUCAUCGGAGCAGUAAAUAACCUGAGGUAGAUCAGCAUUUACUACUGGCCUGACUCCUGUUCUCUCUUCUUCCUGUUCCUGUGGUAAAAGGUAAUUUGAUAUCAACCUCUAGUUAUUAAGGAUGCUGUCAGGGAACUCACCUACCCAGCUUGUCCUACCCUCACCUCUAACAUCUGGCCCCAGCAGCUGGACCUCUCUGGAGUACAUCUGACUUCAGCUACUUCGGAGUACAUAAACAGUAAAGCCAGAGAGGCACUGAGACCCAAGCUUGGCAGCUGGGCUCCUUGCUGUGUAUGGGUUGUGCUCCAACCAACAGAUGACUUUCCUUAUUUCUCCAACCCUGCUCAUCCUGUAGCUUAAAGGAAAUACACUGUUAAACAGAAUAGUUUUUUCAGAAGGGGAGAUGUAGUGUGCAUUUGUAUAGGAAUCAAAGUUUUGUCAGUUAAAACAGCACAGUCACUAUAAAUGGAAUCCAAAAGUAUACUCUGAAAUUUGUCUUUGAUAACCAUUUUUGGGUCACAAAUGUGAGGUUUUCCUGUCCCACAUAGCCCUCUCAAACUCUUGCAGACAUUAUUGCAGACCAUAUAAACAUGUGCAGCUAUUCCCACCUUCAUACCAAAUUAGAAUUUUGUGAUCUGUAGAUCAUUUUGUGUGGUAGACUGAUGACGAAAACUAAAGGUGUGUUUGGCUCUUUUGUAGCAAUGGGCAUAUCUCUCUGUUUUGGUUUGGUGUUGGUAGGGUAUUAUGGCCAUGGAGAAUGGUAGGCUGGGAAUGGGAUGAAGAGGUUAACAUUAAGAUGGCUAUGAACACCCAGCACUUACGAGGCAGAGGCAGGAGGAUCUCUGUGAGUUCAAGGACAACCUGAUCUACAGAGCUAGUUCUAGGACAGCCAAGGCUACACAAACCCUGUCUUGAAAAACCAAAAAACAAACAAAAAUGGCCACGAACUCAUAUUUUUUUUGGGGGGGGGUAGAGUAUGGUAAUGGAUCAUCUAUUAUGUGUCUUUAAUUUCACAAAUCUUUGGAACUGAUCAUUUUUGGCUCCUUUAACACUUAUUGCCAGGCCUGAUGGUUCAAGCCUCUAAUCUCAGCUACUUGACCGGUUGAUAGAGGAGGAUCACAAGUUCCAGGCCUGCCUGCACUAUGAAGUGAGUUUAAGGCCAGCUUGGACAAGUUAGUAAGGAGUCUAUUCCAUUGUUUGUCUUUCUAAUUACUGGAAAUUAAGCUGAGCCUCAUCAGUUAUACAACUGGCUUCUAGUUCUGCCUUUUCAAGCAGGACAUAAUUUUUUUAUCAAAUAAAACUUUGAAGAACAUUUUUUCUUUCUUUUUUUGAUACAGGGUUUGUCUGUGUAACCCUCUCUGUCUGGGAACUCGCUUUGUAGACCAGGCUGGCCUCGAACUCACAGAGAUCUGUCUGCUUCUGCCUGCUGAGUGAUUGGGUUAAAAGUGUGCUUGAAGAACAUUUUCAUUCUGCAAAAGAAGUUGUUUUAUUCACCUCUGCUGGGGAUCAUAUCCAGCAUUCCUUUUGUGCUGGGUAAGAACUAAGUACCUCAGCCUAGAUUUUUUUUGUAUGUUGUCAGCCUAAAUUCAUUUUUGGUAUGUUUAUGCAUGCAUACAUGUGCCAUGGAAUGCACAUGGAGGUCAGAAGCCAACUUGCAGGAGUUGGUUCUCUUGCAGUGUGGGUCCCAGGGAUGAAAUCAAGGUCACCGGGCCUGACAAGGGCAAGUGCCAUUACCUGUGGAGCCAUCUCUCUGACCGAGGAAUUUUUACUUUAUUUACUUUUGUGGUUUAUUUUUGACCCAGGACUGACCUGAACUGAUCCUCCUGUGUCUACCUCCCAAAUGCUGGAAUUACAAGCAUAUGCUGCCUUUCAUCUCCAGUGACAUCUUUGAGAUCCAAUUCAAAUGAUUCUGGGAAAGUAUGUUAUGUAAUAAAGUUUCUAACUGAGCACAGA